GUGACACUGAAACCUCUUCCCUCUCAAUCCAAUCCCACAGUCGCAAUGUCGAAAAUCGAAACCUACGAAGACUUCGUCAAAGUUCACGGCCUGCUUCUGGCGGCCUCGGGACUACCGCAGUCCCUCCACCGCCAGCUCUUCCAGAAGCUUCUAUCGGAGAGCUUCGACGGCGGGUCCCACUUCCAAAUCGAGCCGACGGAAGACGGCCGCCAGCGGCGCCUUGUUUUGACCUCCGACUCCAUGCCCGCACACUCCAACGUCUUCCUCGUCGACCACGCCUGGACUUUCCGCCUCUCCGACGCUUACAAACAGUUGAGGGAAGUUCCGGGAUUGGCUGAGAGGAUGGCGGCGAUAAUGUGCUUGGAUACCGAUUUGAAUUCCGAUUCGGACGAGAAUCGGGAGAGCAAUGGAAAACGCAGCGUUUUGGAGGUGCUGGAAAGUGAAAUCGCUGAAGCCAGAGGGAAUGUGAGGUGGCUGGAGCUUGAAGACCUUGACAUGGACGAUGAAACGCUGUCGUCUUUGGACUUAGCUGCCAAGUUCCCAGAUUUGCUUGCAUUUUCUUUGUGUGGAAAUAAGCUUGAGAGUGUGGAAGUAGUUGUUCAGGAAGUUACCAAAUUCAAAAAUCUGAAAGCUUUGUGGCUGGACAAUAAUCCAGUUGUACAAAAUCGUGGCCAUGAAUUGGCGGAUAAAGUUCUGCGGGAAAUGCCGAGUCUUGAAAUAUAUAACUCGAGAUUUACCUCCAAUUUUGGUGAGUGGGCAGUGGGGUUUUGUGGAGGAGUAUACGACAAGGAAAAUCCAGGCAGCAUUGAUCAGCCUGACAACUCGGUCCAUCAAAUCACUGAUCUUGAUCUUUCGAAUAGAUGUAUUCACAACAUAUUCAACAAGUUUCAGGCAUUUUCACCUGCUCAACUUCCGUGUCUUUCAUACUUGAAUCUUCGUGGAAAUCCAUUAGAUGAGACCUCAGCGGGUGACUUGUUACACUUACUCAGGAAUUUUCCUUCCUUACAGUCUCUGCAGGUGGAUAUUCCUGGUCCUCUUGGAGAAAGCGCUGUACAAAUUCUUGAAUCUCUUCCUAAUGUGUCAGUGCUGAAUGGUGUUAAUGCAUCAAAAGUACUGGAAACUGAAAGGGAUGUAGUUGACUCAGCACUUCAACCUCGUCUUCCUGAGUGGUCUGCGGAUGAGCCUCUUACUGAUCGUGUUAUAAGUGCAAUGUGGCUGUACUUAAUGACAUAUCGACUUGCAAAUGAGGAGAAGAUAGAUGAGACCUCUGUAUGGUAUGUGAUGGAUGAGCUUGGUUCAGCUUUGCGGCAUAGUGAUGAGCCAAAUUUCAGAGUGGCUCCUUUUCUGUUCAUGCCAGAGGGGACACUAGCAUCCGCUGUGAGCUUCACCAUAUUAUGGCCAAUCCAAAAUGUUCAAAAAGGUUAUGAGUGCACACGUGAUUAUCUUUUUGGUAUUGGAGAAGAUAAACAACGUUCUGCUAGACUGACAGCUUGGUUUCAUACACCAGAGAAUUAUUUCAUUCGAGAGUAUGAAAAGCACCAGAUGAGCUUGAAAUCAAAAAAUUUACCCUCUCAGUCAUCAGAGCCCUGUCCGGCAAGAAGCCUGCUUCGUAGUGAAACAUCAGCUUUACGUGUGUACACUGAUAUACCUCAAGUAGAAGAACUUUUGACUCGUCCUGAGUUUGUAAUCACCACUGAUCUGAAGGAUGCCGAUAUCAUAUGGACGGGUACACAGGUAGAUGAGGAUAUGAAGAAGGCUACUGGAAUAACACAAAAUCAGUUCGUAAAUCAAUUCCCUUUUGAGGCUUGUAUUGUGAUGAAACAUCAUUUGGCAGAGACAAUUCAAAAGGCACAUGGAUCUCCUGAAUGGCUGCAGCCUACCUAUAAUCUUGAAGCACAUCUAUCUCAGCUUAUUGGUGAUUAUUGUGUACGAAAGCGAGAUGGACUUAACAAUCUAUGGAUCUUAAAACCUUGGAAUAUGGCACGAACUAUAGAUACAACUGUCACUAGUAAUAUAUCUGCUAUUAUCCGGCUCAUGGAAACUGGACCAAAGAUAUGUCAGAAGUAUAUUGAGCACCCUGCUUUGUUCCAAGGGAGAAAGUUUGAUAUCCGCUACCUAGUUUUAGUUCGGAGUAUGAACCCUCUGGAAAUCUUUCUUGCGGACACUUUCUGGGUUAGAUUGGCGAACAACCAAUAUUCUUUAGACAAGCACAGUUUAUUUGAAUAUGAGACUCACUUUACUGUGAUGAACUACCGCGGCACAUUGAAUCACAAGAACACAUCGGAAUUUGUGAGGGAAUUUGAACAGGAGCACAAAGUUAACUGGUUGGAUAUUCAUUCGCGGGUGACAAAGAUGAUACGAUCAGUUUUUGAGGCAGCUGCACAAGUACAUCCAGAGAUGCAUAGUCCAACAUCGAGGGCCAUGUAUGGGGUGGAUGUCAUGCUUGAUGGUUCUUUCCAGCCAAAGUUACUGGAGGUGACCUAUUGUCCGGACUGCGGAAGGGCAUGCAAAUAUGAUAUGAACGCUAUAGUCGGAAACCAGGAAUUAGUUAGAGCUUGCGACUUUUACAACUAUGUUUUCGGUUGCCUCUUUUUGAACGAAACCACUCAUGUUAGACCCCUUUAAUUGAGCCAUAGAGGACUAAAUGCUCUUGUAAUGAAUCUAAAGGUUGUGCCGGCAGUUUUCGGUCAUCAAGCCAUGAGUUAUUCCUUA